AUGGAUUCAAAGGAUCAUAUGAAGUUAAAAAUUGGCCUUGAAGGCAAAUUUUCUGACUACAAAAUAAAUCUGCGGGACGACACAAAAUGUCUUGAGUUGAAAGGCAAAAGAGAGAAAGUGUUUCAUUUUCUGGACUUUUAUCGAAUUGAAUUAACUGAGCAGGAAGUACUUUUCGUUCAUAUUUGCCACAUGAUUGAUAGCGACGAAUCUCUUUCAGUAACAUCUGAGGCUAUUGGCCAAAUAGUCGAGGAUGAGACUUGUGGACAACUCGACAGUAAAGAUUCCCAGCCUAUGGAUCUGCCUCUGGCUCCCACACUGAAGAAUUAUUUUUGGGAUAUCAAACUGAAAAAUAGUGACCUUGAGUCAUUAGAAAAGGGCCUUCCGAUUUUAAAAGCGAAUGGGCAAAUUCGAUACUUUAAAUUGUUCGAUGCAUCAAAAUUUAUGUCGGAUAACGUCCCACUUCUGAUGGUUGCUGCAUCUUCCCUUUCAUCGUCCACUGUUAUUGAUCUUAGCGGAGCAACAAUAGACGAAGCCCUUCUUAAAGUUCUCCCAGUUUCGUUCAAAAUCAACAAGUCGCUUCGAGGCCUGACAGUCACCGAUCCCCAAGUUGAUGGAGGCCUGAUAUCAGAUUCCUUCAAAUUCCUAUCACCAUUCUCUGUUCUUCGACUGUUGGACGUUUCUCAUAAAUCAAAGAACGAAAAGGACAAACACGAAGAGUCAGCAAUUAUAAGCCUUGCUGCAAACACUGCCAAAAAUCUCGUGGAAUUUCGAAUUGCCAACCAGAAUUUGAGCGAAGAGGAUGUAUCAAAUUUGACCGCUGGUUUCCGAAGCAGCCCCGAAAAUGUUGCUGUGAACACGCUUCCCUUAAUCAGUCUCUGUCUGAGUGGAAAUAGGAUCAAAAUUGCAGACCUUGCGUUUCUGAUUAACAAUUCACCGCACCUGCGGGAUCUGCAACUGGACGACUGCCAAUUGAACGUCUUUCAGGUCAUGCAUACUCUUGAGACGGCUAAAUGCAAAAAAUUGGAGCAGUUGAGUCUGAUGCGAAACAAGUUUGGCGAUAAGCCACCCAGUGAUUGCAAAUCAUUUGGUCACCUGAAAAACCUGGAAAACCUGAGGGUUUUGAAUUUGAGUCGGUGUCAAGGCAAGCUUGCGGCCCCUGUUAUUGGCUCAAUUUGGACUGUCCUAGAAGAAACUCAGUCGGUUCAAUGCAACUGUACCCUAGCCAUAGUAGAUUGCGGCCUGAGUGAUGGCGACGUAAAGUAUUUGAAGAGUCACCUAUCUAAUCCCAGCCGGAUUCGCAAUCUCGAUAUGGGAGGCAAUCGUAUGUUUUAA